AUGAACGCUUUGGACCUAAACAUCAACCCCAGCGAAGUGAAGAUCACCGUAGGCAACGCCGGCAAGGUGGGUGAGGGAGUCAACUCGUACUAUGUGUACAAGGUCUCAUCGGCUGGUAACAUAGAGGUGGAUCGCCGCUACUCGGAUUUCUUAUGGCUGCACCAACAGAUGUCCAAACAAUGUGCGGGUUACGUGAUUCCUCCGCUACCAGCCAAAGUCGUGGGGCUACUUCAGGGAUCUGAAUUCCUUGAACAUCGCCGUGCUGGCCUCGAACGCUUCUUGCUCAAAGUUGCCCAACAUGACGAACUUCGAAAUUCCAACUUUUUUCAUAGCUUCCUCGAAUGCUCUGUCGUAGAACUCACAGCACUAAAGGCCGAGUCUCAACGCGCCAACUCGUUCAACGCCACGUCUAUGGCAUCAGUGGUGCAGCAUACACAGCAGCUGAACAAUUGGUGGGGCAAGACAUACCAGCGUAUGGUGGAGAAUGACACACUUAACCUCUUUGGUCCUCGCAAUAGUGAAGACGGCGAUAACAACGGUAUUAUUGAAGAUCCUGAGUUUACAAAGGUCGUGAAAUAUGUGUCCAAGCUGUACACACAGAUGAAGUCACUGAAAAACAAGGUACGCGCGGCCAGCCAGCAGAACAAGCUUGCAGCCGGCGCUCACUGUGAUCUCAUCGAGUGUCUUAACUGGGUAGCGGACGCGGAAGAAGAGAACAAUGAGAUGCCUACGUCUUACUACACAGCCCUACUGGCUAUCCUAGACACGCGUGCGCGCCAGAUGGACGCAGAACUUGUGGCUUUCUCUGCCAGUAUCGAUGACAUUGCGCGCUGGAUCAAAGCUGUACGGAAAGCACUGGCGGUCCGUGAAGACCGUCGUUACCUGUACCAAGCACAGCUGGCGGCACACCGCAAAGCUGUGAGCGGUGACGGCCCGGACUCGCCCUCAGCUACUCGACUGAGCAAUGAAUUGGUGGCUGCAAAAGAUGAUUUUGAACGUGUGCAUGCGCGUGUGAUGCGCGAGGUUGCACGUUUUCGUGGGCAAAAGGCUGUUGAGCUCCAAAAACUAUUUUUGGAGUUUGCGCAGCUCCAAUCACGCCAUGCGAAAGAAUUUGAAAACGUUGUGACAGAGAGUUCCACCAAGCUUAUGACACCCCUUCCAGCAAAGCUCAUGCAUGCUGCCCAAGCAUCUUCAUCUUGCUUAAAUGGGUUCGAGUCACGCGAUUCAUUUGGACUAGACAAGGAAGACGUUCUUGGUCAGACCAAAUCCACCGUAUCCACUCAGUCACCGACAGGAAGUAGCCGUGCCGAUGUCUUAUCGAAGUCGCACGAGGCUGUCGAUGGAGACUCACUCGGACAACCUUAUUUAAGACCAUGA